AUGUAUCUGCAUCGAGCGGCAGCACAUGGCACCCACAAGAGAGAUCUGAAGCCAUGGAUAAUCGCCCUUCUUACAGUACUCGCCCUAAUGAUGGUGGCAGUGACCAUUGGACUUCUGACUCAUGUCUUAGUCUCUGAUAUUCAAGUCAUUAGCAAUUCAGAACAAAAGAGUUCAAAUAAUUUGAAGGACUUACAGGAGAUGAAUGAAAAUUUGGUAAAUGACAUAUUUAUAGAUUCAGCCUUGAAUAAGCACUACAUCAAAACCCACAGAGUCAGAAAAAUGUAUGUAUAUUUGGGCAAGGAUUGUGGCAAGCGAGCUAUCCCAUUAAUUGCCAACAGAAUAGUGUCUGGAAACCUUGCAGCUAAGGGUGCCUGGCCUUGGCAAGUUUCUCUUCAACGAAGCAACAUCCAUCAGUGUGGGGGCACUUUGAUUGGCAACAUGUGGGUGGUCACUGCAGCACACUGUUUCAGAACUAAUGCAAAGCCACGCCAAUGGACACUUAGUUUUGGAACAACAAUAAACCCUCCCUUAAUGAAAAGGGACGUCCGAAGAAUUAUUAUGCAUGAGAGAUACCGCCCCCCAGCCAGAGACCAUGACAUUGCCCUUGUGCAGUUUUCUCCGAGAGUCACCUUUUCAGACGACGUACGCCGCAUUUGUUUGCCAGAACCCUCUGCAUCCUUCCCGCCAAAUUCGACUGUCUACAUCACAGGAUUUGGAGCACUCUACUACAGUGGGGAAUCUCAAAAUGAGCUCCGAGAAGCCAGAGUACAGAUUAUAAGCAACAACAUCUGCAAGCAACCACAGGUGUAUGGCAAUGACAUAAAGCGUGGGAUGUUCUGUGCUGGGUAUCUGGAAGGAAUUUAUGACGCCUGCAGGGGUGAUUCUGGAGGACCCUUAGUUGUAAGAGACAAUAAAGACACCUGGUAUCUUCUUGGGAUUGUGAGCUGGGGAGAUAAUUGUGGUCAAAAGAACAAACCUGGAGUCUACACACAAGUGACUUAUUACCGGCGCUGGAUUGCUUCAAAAACGGGUCUUUAA